AGAGGCGCUCUGUGGGGAGAGAGGAAAAAGUUCUCAACAAGGAGAGGCAGGACUACUCUGACGGAGCCCUGCAGUCUCACUUUUAUGCCUCUAAAACGCUUUCCCUGCAAUCUUUUUACGGUUUUUGCUCUUUAACGCCGCUUUUACGUUUCCGAGAGAGAUUUCCUACUUUUUGACUUAAGUGAAAGCACCAGCACCAUGGAGCUGCUCUGCCUCGAAAUGGACACCAUCAUACGAGCUCGUCCCGAUCCGAACCUCCUGUGCGAUGACAGAGUCCUGCAGAGCUUGUUGACCAUAGAGGAGAGGUUUCUGCCCCAGUAUUCUUAUUUCAAAGGCGUCCAGAAAGAUAUUCAGCCAUUUAUGAGGAGGAUGGUCGCGACUUGGAUGUUGGAGGUUUGUGAGGAACAGAAGUGCGAAGAAGAAGUUUUUCCUUUGGCCAUGAACUACUUGGACAGAUUUUUAGCCGUGGUGCCCACCAAAAAGUGUAACCUGCAGCUGCUGGGAGCAGUCUGCAUGUUUCUUGCAUCCAAAUUGAAAGAGACUCGUCCAUUAACCGCAGAGAAGCUUUGCAUCUACACAGAUAACUCCAUCAGACCACAAGAGCUGCUGGAAUGGGAACUGGUGGUGUUGGGGAAGUUGAAGUGGAACUUGGCAGCAGUAACGCCGAACGACUUCAUCGAGCACAUUGUAAGGAGGCUGCCACUGCCCAAGGAUAAGCUGGCACUUAUACGCAAACAUGUCCAAACCUUCAUCGCCCUGUGUGCCACAGAUUUUAGGUUUGCCAUGUACCCUCCCUCCAUGAUAGCCACAGGAAGUGUGGGGGCAGCGAUCUGCGGCCUACAGCUGGACUCAACUGACCAGACACAGUGGGGCGACAGUCUGACAGACCUGCUGGCCAAAAUCACAAACACAGAAGUGGACGUUCUCAAAGAGUGCCAGGAGCAGAUUGAGCUUGUGUUGGUGAGCAGCCUGCGUGAGGGCCGGCAGCAGCAGCAGCAGCAGCAGACACAGAGAGGCCCCAGCGGCAAAGGCCUGGAAGAGCUGGAUCAGUCCUCCACCCCGACAGACGUCCGCGAUGUCAACUUGUGAACCACUAGAGGGCAUCAUUGCACAGGAUUUACAAAUGAAAAAAAAGCAUCAUGAAAAAAAACCUCAAUUUUCUUAAAAGCAGAAAAAAAGAACAAAAGAACAAAAAAUGUUAAAAAAACACAAGCCCUUUACAAGAAGAGAACAAUGCUUGCUAGUUUUUUGUAGAUUUUCUGUUCUUUGAGUCACCUGCCCACGAAAUAGAUGAUCUAUAACGCUCUAGUCUAAAAGCAACAAAUUUGUUACAAAAGAAGGUCUGUGGUGCCUUGGAUAUACAGAAGGGAAGCCAAUCAUAUUUGCAUUCUGCCUUUGAUUGUACAGUAUGAUCUUUAAGUUAUAUUUCAAACAUAGCUUGAUAAUGAGGCUGUUUUGGUAGAAGUUGUUGAAUCCAUUCAGAAUCUGCAUACGUGGAAUCACAGCGAGGCUUUAGUUUUUUCUUCUCUGUUAUAUUUGAGUAUUAUUACUUUUACAGACGGGCUGAGGGGACACGUGUCUGCGCUCAUGCCCAUCAGUCGGUGUGUCAGAACAAGACAAGAAGCCGUGAGAAAAGUGUGCUAAAAGUUGAUGGGACCCAACUCCAGGGAAGAGACAGAUUGAUUAUAAUUAUAAGUAGAACUAGUAAUAACUAUUAUUAUUAAUUUUAUUAUUGGACAUAUUUUGAAAAUGAGUAGUAAGAUCAAUAAGCUCCUUUUGUCAGGCUGCUUGUGUGUUAGUUUGUAUGUGAGUAUGUCAGUUUGAAUGCAUAACUGAAUGUGUGUGUGUGUGUGUUUGUAUGUCUGUGUGUGUGUGUGUGUGUGUGUUUGAAUGCUACAUGUGAUCCUGUAUCUGAAUUAGCAGUGUGCAUUCUACGACGUGAAGCACUUGAGCAAAGUCGAGUCGUAGACUGAGCUGUUCUAUGUUAAAAGGAUAAGGAGCAAGUGGAGGCUACACAUACUUUGUCCAUCAGUAUAACAGGGCAUCUUUGCUAUAUCACUGCCUUCCUGCAUUAACAGUCUGCAUCAUGAUUCAUUGUUGGCCAACAGUAAACUCAUGUGCAAGAGACAGGAGAAGACUUAGAGGAGGAGGAGGAGGAUACAGGCGAAAGGACUGUAACGUAAAGCCUGUUGUCUUUCUGAGAGCCUGAGGUGUCACCUCACGUUCAGACGUCAUGUGAGGUGUUUGUUCAUUACUGCCAGUCUGUCCAUGAAUAUUACAGAUUCUUCAUUCUUUUCACUUUGUUACAAUACGGUGUUUCCUGAGUUGUGAAAGGCCGCUUUGAGUCUAGACGGGGUAGUAAUGACCUCUCACAUGUGCAGCUUGUGGCACAUGUGAACCUGAAGAGGGUGAUGUCUUGAAGAAAGUAAGGAUAUGCUGUUAAAGUCUAGACGGUGAUAGACUUCUCUGUAUUCUUUUGCAUGGAGAGAACAGGGUGAUGCAUGGAAAGAAUACAAAAGAGAGGAAGUUUUCAAAGAUGUCACUGAUGGACAGAGAGGAUCCAGUGAUGCAUGCUGCUGUGUAGGAGACAGAGAGGAUUUACAGCCAGUGGCUGGAAGAUAAUAAACAAAAGACUCCCAAAGGUAUCACAAUAAAACUUUGAUAUCUGCAUAUUUGGGUCGAUCAACAUUAAGUCUUAUGAGUGUGUACAGUGACACAGCUAAGUGAACAAAAGCAUUCAUGGUUUCCAUUUACAUGGAAGUUAAAAGAGGAAGUAAGACUGUACGCUGCCAGAUCAUGUGAGGAUGAACUUUUUCAGGGGGGGGGUGGGUGGGGUUAGAGGAGUACAGGAUGAGGAUAUACUGUCAAUGCAUCUGGAGUCCCACAUAGGGUUGUUUUCGGCUCCCCUAUAUGAUUUCAAUGGCAAAGCACUUUGAGAACAUGCUCCCCAGGAGAUACGUAAAAUGAAAAUGCGAUGGGUGGUGGUGAUUGGAGGUGAAUGGAUGUUUUCUUUUUUCCUUGUUAGCCUUUUCUUUGGUUUACUUUGUAGGGCUGGUUUCCCAAUCAUCAGACAUACACUUGUCGAGCAAGAGUCAAAUUUAAGAGGCUUUCCACAACUUACAAAGAGAGGACAUUCCGAUCAGACAGAAAAACCCAAAACAUUCCUUUUCAAGCAAAGUGCAAGCUGAUGACAGAAUUUGAACACAUAGAAAAGUAAGAUAUGAACUGAAACAGGCCUGAACCAACAGCUAACCAAUCCACAGGCUCUGUUUGAUUUUCUUUUUUUAUUGUCAAGAAAUUAAAUAUUUGUUUUACUUGAAUUUUUCUUCAUAUUUAUCUGCGUCACAGCCACAGACAGCAACACAGGGCGGCAAUGAGCUACGAGAAAAGGUGGUGGUAACAUCCAAUAUUUGCACAUGUUCUUCAGAGGACAAUGGGGGUUGCAUUUCUUAGACAGAGCAGAGCUUUUGUUCGAAGCCACCUUAACCCGAGUGUGUUGCAGUGGUUGGUCAGUUUUCUAUGGUGCUGUCUUGUGCAGUUCAGGCCGAUUGUCUGUCAGUGAACACAUCUGUCCCCCUGUGAGCUUUGCUGCUUAAAUUACUUUGCAAGGGGGCUCAUCAUCCAGACAGACAUCAGCACAAAAACAAAAACAGAUGACUUUUGUUUUGUUUUAACGGGACACAUUGCUUUGCCACAGCGAGGUGUCUUUGACUUAAUGCUUGAGUUUUUUCAUGAUGGUAUGUGACUUUGCUGAGUGUAUGUUUGUCGGACUGAAGAAAAUGUGGGGAUUUCAUGUUUCAGUCAUGUUUUUCAGUAGAACUGGGCAAUUUAUUGACACAUUUGCCAAAAUAUCCCCAUUUUGAAUAUUUGAUAUGAUCAUUCAUUUUGCCUCUGUUUGCCUGAUGUAAGCUCUCUCCCAAACUUCAUGGUUGUGAUUUUCUUUCCUGCAAUUUAUUGUUGCAUGUGUUAUACAUAGAGACCACCUUUUCAAUUUGUGUUUGUUAUAUUUUAUGGGGUGACCAGACCCGCAAAAGGGUUUUUCUAAGAUUUAGAGAUACUGUAUUCCAAAGUGAAGAGAGGACAGAGGAGGAGGUGUGAAGACAUCAAGAAAAAAGUGUCAAUAUUUUUAUUGAAUUAUUGUUGUCUUUUUGCGCUGCUAAAAGCUAUGAAUUUGUUUCAUUUAUACAAAAAAUAACAUUACCUAGUUGUGAUGUGUCACUUGAGUGUGCUGCUAUUUUAUAAACAUUUGUAUUAUAAUAUAAUUAUUUUACUGCUUAAGAGAUACAUUCAGAAAAACGAAGUAGAUGGUGAUAGAAGAACAUGAAAUGAGUACUCGACUGGAAAUGUCCUUUGUACAGUUUGACCGUUUGCUUAGAUAGAUUAUCUCCUUUCCCCCCCUUUUUUUUUUAUCUAUUUUGCUCUCCUUCUUCAGUCACAUUCUGCAUUGGUGGUAUUUCCUAUACCUCAGGAUUACUGGACAAAACUCAACACAAACAAACCAUCACCUAUACCUCUUCAGUUAGGGAGCCUGGACUGGAGGAGAAAGAACACAGUGGGGGUGCAGAAGAAGCAAUGCCGUUUUUGUGGAUGAUCCCACUGCGUUAGUGGGGGGAGUGACUUGCAGUGGGAUGGGGAACAGGACAUAUGCAAGGCUUCCACUUGGACUUUCAUUGUAAUGGAGGGGGGGCACAACACCAGUGCAACCUUUCAGGGUAUCCAUGGAUAGUUCAGACAUGAUCAUUUCAUGUUGGUGCUACAUCUGCUCUGUGUGAGAGAACGAGGGGAUUUCUAUGAUGGCCAAAGUUCUUGCUUUAUACAAACAUUAUAACUCUGUUUGUCAGUAAACAUGGGCUCUGUAUGUGAGAAAGAUUCACUUUGGUUUGAAAUACUGUGUCAGCAUGCCAUUGGAACUGCAGCACAAUAAUGGGUUGAGCUUCACCUGCCAUGUCCGACCAUAAAUAUUGUGAUAUCUGGAAGUUUCAAUGGUGCAGAUUUCCCUUUAAGCUGCCCCCUCCCCUCCAGUAUGACUCAUAUCAUGUACCUCAAAUGUCUGUUGCACAACCUCUGUUCAAUAAACUUCUGCUUUAAAGGGUGUGACAACACAUCAACUCACUA